ACUCUCUCUCCCGCCAUGGCAGGGCUUCACAGGACAGCUUCCCCUUCCCCGGCCUCUGUCGCUCACUCUCCUUUGUCCCUCUUCAUCAGCUUGGAAUAAACAGCACUCAGCUGCCAGCCAAGGCUGAACCUAGCUUGUCGGUGCUGCAGGGAUCUUCGCUUCAUCUAGCAUCCUCUGUCCACUAGCCAGGUGCACAUACGGCAGUAAAAAGGGAUCCGAAAUGUCGCUCGAGGUGGAGAACCCAGCGAGCACAGAGACGACCAACCGUCUCAGUCUCAAACGCCAUGAUUCACUCUUCGGAGACGCGGAGAAGGUCUCUGGAACAACGUACCACGGCUCUGCGGGGAGCUGGGCCCGGACUCUGCAUCUUGCUUUCCAGAGCAUUGGUAUCAUCUACGGUGACAUCGGGACGUCACCGCUGUAUGUCUAUUCCAGCACCUUCCCUGAUGGCAUCAGGAACAAUGAUGAUCUGCUGGGCGUCUUGUCUCUCAUCAUUUACAGCCUCAUCCUCCUACCGAUGCUCAAGUAUGUUUUCAUCGUGUUGUAUGCAGACGACAAUGGAGAUGGUGGCACGUUUGCACUUUAUUCACUAAUAUCGCGGUACGCAAAGGUCAGAAUGACCCCGGACCAGCAGGCAGAGGACACGAUCGUAUCAAAUUACAGCAUAGAAGCACCAAGCUCACAGCUGAAGAGGGCACAGUGGCUGAAGCAGAUGCUUGAGUCUAGCAAGGCUGCCAAGAUUGCACUAUUCACCCUCACAAUCCUCGGCACAUCCAUGGUGAUGGGCGAUGGGACCUUGACACCAGCUAUAUCAGUGCUCUCUGCAGUGAGUGGAAUCAAACAAAAGGCGCCAAGCUUGACUCAGACACAAGUAGUAUGGAUCUCUGUUGCAAUUCUGUUCAUGCUCUUCUCAGUCCAGCGUUUCGGGACCGACAAAGUUGGUUACUGCUUCGCUCCUAUUAUCUCUAUCUGGUUCCUUCUGAUUGCUGGUAUUGGAAUGUACAAUCUCAUUGUUAAUGACAUCGGCGUCCUACGGGCCUUCAAUCCGAUGUACAUAGUACAUUACUUCAAAAGAAACGGGAAGGAUGGGUGGAUUUCACUUGGUGGGGUAGUCCUGUGCGUCACAGGUACUGAGGGCAUGUAUGCUGACCUGGGACAUUUCAACAUCAGGGCCGUUCAGAUCAGCUUCAACUGUGUCCUGUUCCCGUCUGUAGCACUAUGUUACAUCGGGCAAGCGGCUUACCUCAGGAAAUUCCCAGAGAAUGUUGCGGAUACCUUCUAUAGAUCCAUCCCAGGAUCAUUGUUCUGGCCAACCUUCGUUGUUGCCAUUCUCGCAGCGAUCAUUGCAAGCCAAGCAAUGCUCUCUGGCGCAUUUUCCAUCCUCUCCAAGGCAAUCUCUCUUGGCUGCUUCCCUAGGGUCCGAGUGAUUCACACCUCAAAAAAGUACGAGGGGCAAGUGUACAUUCCGGAGGUGAACUUCAUGAUGGGAUUGGCUAGUAUCAUAGUCACAAUUGCUUUCAGAACUACCACCAGCAUCGGCCAUGCUUAUGGCAUCUGUGUGGUGACCACAUUCUUGAUCACCACCCAUCUUACAACCAUUGUGAUGCUCCUUGUGUGGAAGAAACACGUCAUCUUCAUCCUUCUGUUCUACGUCGUAUUUAGUUUGACAGAAGUAGUCUACCUCUCCUCCAUACUGUCAAAGUUCAUCGAUGGUGGAUACCUUCCAUUCUGUUUCUCGCUGGUCCUGAUGAGCCUUAUGGCGACAUGGCACUAUGUCCAUGUCAAGAGAUACUGGCAUGAGCUCGAGCACAUUGUGCCUACUAAUGAAAUGAAAGCCCUCCUCGAGAAGAAUGAUGUGCGGCGGAUCCCAGGAGUGGGACUCCUGUACACUGAGCUCAUCCAGGGUAUACCCCCAGUGUUCCCUCGGCUGAUCAAGAAGAUACCAUCUGUUCACUCCAUCUUCGUGUUCAUGUCAAUCAAGCACCUGCCAAUCCCACACGUGGUUCCUCCGGAGAGGUUCCUCUUCCGGCAGGUGGGCCCAAGGGAACAGCGGAUGUUCCGAUGCGUGGCACGUUAUGGGUACAGUGACAGGCUGGAGGAGCCCAAGGAGUUUGUGGGUUUUCUUGUGGAUAGGCUGAAGAUGUUCAUCCAGGAGGAAAGUGCACUCACACAGCACGAAGGUGAGAACGAUGAGACCAGCUCCAACACUGCAGUUUCUGAAGUGCAGACGAGGCCAAGGCGGUCCACGCACUCUGUCGUGCACAGUGAGGAGGUGGUCGAAUCACGGGUGAGCAGCCACUCGAGGAGGAUAACUUUCCAUGUGGAUCAGACAGUUGAGGAGGAGAAGCAGUUGAUUGACAGAGAGGUGGAGCGAGGGGUUGUGUACCUUAUGGGAGAGGCAAAUGUGUCUGCUCAGCCCAAGUCAUCAAUCAUGAAGAAGAUAGUUGUGAACUAUGUCUAUUCAUUCUUGAGGAAGAACUUGCCUGCGGGGCACAAGGCAUUGUCCAUUCCGAAAGAUCAGCUGCUCAAAGUUGGGAUCACGUAUGAGAUAUAGGGAUUUUAUUGGAGUAUAAGGUGCGCCUGACCGAGUGUUUCUUUGCACAUAAUAUUGAUAUGAAAGGAAGACAUGCUUUAUUAGUUUCUAAUAAACAGGGAUGUGUGAGUGGGCUUUUCUUUUAGCUCAAAUGCUUCUUUCAGUUCUGUGUGCAGUGUGGUGUUAUCAGGAUAUGUCAUGUGUAAGGGUGAUAUUGGAAGUAUAAAUGUUUCGACUUGUGAGGUGUUAUGCGUGUUUUUCAA